AUGGUCACCCCCCGGUUCAAGCUCGAGGACAUAGAGACGGUCUACGAUUUAUUCAAUAAGCGUGUCCCCGAGUUGCAAAAGGUUUUUGUCGAGACAAAGUUUUCCGCUCCUCUAGCACUAGGGACACCUACGUUAACAGAACUUUGA